GCCAUCGUAUCGUUUUGUGCUUAAACUAUCUGUUCGAAUAUACCACCCCAUCAACGUUAAGGACUUGUAAUGGAUUCUAAAGCGCUUUUCUUAGCACUCUUUUGCCUACUGGCGAUAAACCAGCUGGUGCAAGGAAAUAAUGACACGGCUGCAGCAUCCAAACCCGCCCAGCGAUACAAGCGAAUGUACGUCAUGUGUCCCCCGGCGUUCAGCCAAAUCGGUAACGAAUGCUAUUACAUUUCGGAAAAUAAAUUCAACUGGCUGGAUGCGUACUUCGAGUGUAAGGAUCGAAACAGCAAGCUUGCGGAACCGAUGAAGUUCGAGGAUAGAGACCUUCGGAGGUAUCUGCAGAAAAUCAAGUUGCGGAAUGAUCUCUGGAUUGGUGGAACAUACAACUGGAAGACGAACAAGUGGCAGUGGGGACACAAUGGACGUGAAAUCGAGUACCAAUCUUUCAGCCAAAUGGUUCCCGGGAGCAGCCAGGAUUUGAAAUUCAACUGUGCACUGCUAAGGUCCGACCACAAGUUCAGAUGGUCGGCCGAAGAGUGCACAAAGAAGAUUAAUUUCAUCUGUCAGCAUCGCAUGCCGCUGGUGUCCGAGGUUGGACGGAACAAUUUGUACGACAAAUGGAAUAAGACCUACCCCUACCAAAAGGCAAACGAGAAGAUGGUGUACAUCGUCAACGAUCGGGGCAACCGUAAUCGAAACGAUACUACGAGGCCUCACAUUUACCCGAGCUUUAAGAAGAUGAAGCAAUCGAAUCCCUCGAUACGCCCUAGCCGUCGGCGCAACCCAUACCGUACCAGGAAGCCAUUUGAUGCAGCCACUAAUCCCAACUACAUCCCGGCCGAUGUUGUCGCUCGCAAGCAACAGGUGGCGCAAUAUGUUCCGGAUACGCAGAAUGAGCUGAACACGAUUGAUAACGGACAUCGCAACGGUUACACCUCGCAGUUCAACCAAUUCAACAUCGAUUUUAACCCGCGAAAUGGCAAAGGACGCAACCCAACCAUGCCCCGUAGAUACCGUACUGGGUAUGAAACCGCACGCGUGGAACCACAGCAUCCGCAUCAGCAUCGCCAUCAACCGGGCAUGCACAAAACAACCAAACAUACCCACCAGCAUCCGAUGCUGUCGCAUCCGAUGUAUGUCCAUCCACCGACUAUGCCCACCACGACCACAACUUCGACCACCACUACGACCACAACAACAACGCCUCCACCGCCACCGAAAACUACGAUGAGACCGUCGGUUUUCCCACCGGCUACGACGAGCCUUUCGCCGGAGGAAAGGAAACUUAAGCGAGAGAAAUUGCGCGAACGGCUGCAAAAGCUGACAGUCGAGGAACAGCAGUUCUUCAUGCAAAAUCGUGCCAAUCGGAAGCGGAAGGAGCAGCUGCUUCGCAAGCUGCAACAGCAGCGAGAGAACGAGGUGGUGCAGUAAGAAGCCCAAAAUUGGUCGCAGCUACACACACGGUUCCUAGGAAGCGGCAAUCCAGAGGGAAGUUGAACAAACUCGAUCAAUGCUCCGUAGACGUGGUCUCGCAGAGCACUGUACCUUGCUUUGUAUGCGCAUCGAUGGACGGCUCAACUGUCCGGACACGAUAAACCUCAACCCAGAAUCGUGCCCCAAACGCCGCGAUACCGUUGGGGACACCGAACAAAUGCACGGCAAAAAAAGAAGCGCAUAAACAAGUAACAGAUAUAACACAAAUCCUCCCACAGGAACGGUUUCGACAAAGUCGAGUCUCGGAUUGGCGCGAUACAAAAAGGAGGGCAAUAAUCAGGGCAGGAUCGAGGGCACAAGCCACCAGGUUAAGAGUUAAUAAAUCACAAACAAGAAUGCAUAAUGUAGUAAAAGGUACCGUCUUCGCAGCAGCUAACAUUAGUACUUUAAGCUUGUAUAAGCAACUACAGUCAAUAAAACACGUUGGAACAACAUCCGAUUUUCCGCCCUCGAUAGCACGUUGGUCUUUCACGCAUUAAAAUUCAACUAAUCUCGUUACAUAAAACAGUUUAAAGAUAGGGAAGAGAACGCAAAUGCUAUAAGAAGUACACUAUUAUUCGACCAAAAUAUGUUAAACAAAAACUUAAAGUUGAAGAAAAAAUCAUGCCGGCAUAUACCAAACAUUUUAAAGUAUAAAUGAAAUGUGCGACGCUGUAAAAAAAUACAAACAAACACAUAAACACCCCUAAUUUCCUCAUGGCAAGGAAUAAGAACAAACAGAAACCUUUCACCAAUCAACGGAACAAACAAACUAGCGAUUAGAAGUGGGCAGAGAGUUUAUACAGAUUAGCGCGUAAAGCUUAUCCUUUCUAGAAUAGUCCUGACAGAUAGCGAUAACACAAUACCACUUUUCCGGAAGGGGAGAAGGCACAAGGAUGCCGUUUAUGAAUUGAUUGUUGGCAAACAUUAUUUGCAGGAAUUUGCUACAGAGCGACAGAGAGCAAGGUGAUAGCACAUUCAAACACUUGAUCUUUGACCAAAUCCUCGUCGAUGUUGUGCAAGGAUGCCUGGUCAAGACUAACAUUAGCGCUUAGUUCUAAUUGCCAUACUACUGCUAUAGCUAUUACUACCGCUACUUUAGCUGUUACUACUACUUUAGCCGAAGAGUCAGCACGAGCGAGCAAAGGCGUUUUCACGACGUGGCCCAACCAGAACCAGCACACGGCGCGACGAAACAAACUGUCUGCCCGGCGGAAGAUGAGCGGGCAGCUCUGUUCGUCUCUUAGCGACAAAGUUAAAACGCCAAAAGCCAGCGCAUAAUUACUUGUAAUUUAAUUUCUACAAACAAAUUUGCAUAUUUAAAGCAGACGUGAACACACGCCAUCAGAGGAAUGUUACACCGGUGACGUUUUCACCGUGCGAAGGGAAUCAAUCUAGUUACGCGAGCGGGAGAUAAAGUCGUUUAGAUUAUACGAUAAGGUAUACGCGAUGCACAUUCACGUAAGCUAGGUUCGAAAAUGAGAAAGAUAAUGUGAAUGUGCGUCAGCAAAAAAAACCGUAAGCAAGCCCAUACAACGAGAUCAGAAACAUAACUAUUC